AACCUUCACGGUUACUGUAGCCUCCGUGUGUGCGAGCAGUGUGUGCUGGUAACACCGACAUUAAUAUACUUGUCAUGUGCGUGAGCGAGCUUGCAUGGACUUUUUUCGAGUAGGACCUGGCUGCAGACAUCAGCUGCUUGUGGAUGCUUUUUUCCGCAGCCCGGAAUUUUAGACGCGAAUGCGGAGCUUGACAUGUAGGAGACAUUGACGGGGGAGCUCUAAAUGACGGUGCAGCUCCAGUUCACGACCACACGGCGUCUAACUCAUUUAUGUCUGUGGUGUCAAGUAGUGAACUGUGUCUUGAGCGACACAAUAAUGAGCUAAUGGAUAAAUUAUAGCUGUCUUUUGUAGCAGCUUCCGUGCCGAUUAACUAUCCCACAGUCAGUGCGGAGCUGACAUGUUGUAAUCAUCAGGUUCCGUUUUGUAACCAGUACCAGUGUGUCACCGAUAAACCGAACGACACUGCAGUAGCCGUUAGGUUGCUGGCUAGCAACCGCCUUGUUUCUUUGACUUCAACGAGCUGUCUGGUCAUCAUCAUGGACUUUCCUUUUGAUAUUAAUCAACUGUUCUCUGAAAGGAUCUCCAUCUUGGAUCAGAACCUGUCUGCAAGUCGUAGGUCUAUGGAAAGACCGGAUCUCCAGGUCCAGAUCUCUGCUGUGAUUGAUGAACUUGGAAGAGCCUCGGCCAAGGCCCAACAGCUGGCUGCACCAGUAACAAGUGCCUCCAAACUGCAGAGCCAGAACCACCAGCUGUACCUGCUGAAAGACCGAGAGAGCGGCGGAGGACGAGGUUCUGCGGUGGGAUUUCUGAAGGUUGGCUACAAAAAGUUGUUUCUGCUGGACCAACACGGUGUGCACGUUGAGGCAGAGCCACUCUGCGUUUUGGAUUUUUACAUUGCAGAAAAUUUGCAGCGGCAUGGCUAUGGACUGGAGCUGUUUAGUUUUAUGCUGCAGCACAAGAAUGUAGAACCGGUGCUGAUGGCGUAUGAUCGGCCCUCGAAAAAAUUCCUGGCUUUUCUAGCAAAACAUUACUGCCUGGUGCAAAGCGUUCCUCAGGUCAAUAACUUUGUUGUGUUUGAAGGCUUCUUCCUAAACAGAUCAGCAGUCCACCUGAGACGGACUCCUCUCAAGAAGCCAGAUGGAGAAAUCAAGCCUUACUCUAUGGUAGCGAGAGAAGUGGUACAUCGGGAGCAGAGGACUCUUCCGUGGCCAUUUGCUCCCCCUCAGUCCCCCCAGCGAUCAGUACCUUCACAGUGCUCCCAUCCUGUAAGAGUGGGGUUCUCCCCCAGCAGGGCGUCAUCUCCAGUGGCCCCGUCAUCUCCCUUGGGGGGUAGCAGGGACCAGAUUGAGCGCUACAGGGAGAAACGCAGCAGCCAGCAAGGUUUAGCUGCCAGGUCCAAACUGUACAGUCGGCACAUGGAUGGCACAACCACUGGACUGCUGGACAGGCAGGCUUCAGGUGUGAGACCAGCAGUACAUCCAAAAGGUUCACUGGAAUUCUUAAAUACACACAGGAAAAGUGUCUACAGCCAGACCUCCUUAGGCAGCACACACAGGUACUUUGAUUUUGCUCCUGGGUUCUGUAGAGAUCCAGAGGAAAUCCAGGUAAUGAAAAGUUCUCUAGAUGGUAACCAGGAGCCUCUGCAAGAGGUUGGUUUGUGGAACAUUGAAGCAAACUUCACUGCUGCCCAAUGGAUGAAACGGAAGCUGGCAUCAAGGAGUACCCGUCCUUGGUGACAUGGAGUCAUUUCACUUUAUGCUUAUUCAUUUAGCAGACGCCUUUAUCCAAAGGACUUACAAUUUAUAACCUAUAGGGCAUGUUGUGAUCUGUGGGGGAAACCGGAGUACCCGGAGGAAACCCACGCAUGCAUGGGGAGAACACGCAACUCCACGCAGAAAGGCCGCAGCCGAGUUUUGAACCUGCAACCUUCGUGCUGCGAGGCAACAGUGCUAACCACUGCACCACCAUGCAGCCCUUGCACUUGAUCAAAUGGAAGAUGUCAUAUUGGUCUUUUAACUCACCCAUCAUUCAUCAGUGACUAUAGACCUAUUGCCUUGAUAUCCCACAUCACGACGGUUCUGUAGAAAGCUCAGAUGAUUCUGCAGGUGUCUGGUGUCUCAGCGAUGCUCAAGAAGAGAGCUGGUGAAGCACUUUGGGGCAUGCUGUGGGGGCAACCACCUAAUCUUGAAUGUGGAUGAAACAACGUAGAGUAUUGUAGAUUUCAGAAGGAACAGGAAUAGGCCAAGCUCCAUUUGUAUCAUGAGAGAUGAAGAGAAGGUGGAUGAAGAAUAUAAAUACCUCAGUGUCCUCCUGAACUACAGGCUAAACUGGAGUGAAGCCAUCUACAAGAGGGGACAGAGUAGAGCAGGGAUAGGCAAUCUUAGUCCUAAAGUGCAGCUCUCCAGCAUGUGUUAAGUGUUUAUCUGCUCCAACACACCUCAUUCAAUGUUUUAUCACCUGUUCAGCUGCUCAUCAAGUUCGGCAGAAGCCCGUUAAUCAUCUACUGAUUAAAAUCAGAUGUGUUGGAGCAGGGAAACAGCUAAAGCAUGCUAGGUAGCAGCGCUGGAGGACUAGGAUUUCCCACCCCUCGAGUAGACUGUACUUCUUGAGGAAGCCCAGGUCCUUCAAGAUGUGCAGCAAGAUUCUGCAUUUCUUUUGUUGGUCAAAAGUGGAGAGUGUGAUCUCUUGGGCCAUCAGCAUCAGAGCCAGGGGCCUAAAAAUACUCAAAGGCUGGUUCUCUUCUGGGGAUUACUGUGGAACCAAUGGAGAGGAAUUCUUCAUAAAAUGGAAAAAGUUAUGGGCAACCCUGAGCAUCUUCUUCAUAACACGUAUGCAACAACAGAGCAUCUUCAUUCAGAGGCUUUUUCAGACCUGCUGUAACACAGACUGCUACAGGAGACCCUUCCUGCCUACAGCCAUCAGCAUAUUUAGCCUCUGAAGAACCUUCAAUAACACAAGUUUUUUUUUGUUAUUAUUGUUUUUUUAAUAAUACGAGUUGCAUUUAAUUUCUCUUUGGCAUCAAUAAAGUAUUUUGGAUACACCACUGGUGGUGAGACACCCCCCUUCCAUAACUGAAGAAUCGCCUCUUUAACUGGCUUUUGGUAAUUGAGGCGGAUACAUUUUAGUGCUUUAGUCUUGUCCUUCAGUGAUGUGCCUGAUAUCAAUGAGGCAGUGUUUUUAUAUGUUUAUAUUUUUUUGUGUUCUUAACUCCUUUGCGCCACACUUCGAUCAGCUGUCAUGCUGUUUCUGAUAAAGUUAUCUAUAAAUAAACCUGACUUGUAUUUACAGUACCUACCAGUUUUCCUGUAGGGACAUAGAUCAAAAUAGAAUAAAUCGAGAGCUUCACCUUC